GUAUACCCAGUAGGUCCCGGACAGUUGCCUACGGUAGAAAGGUCAGUGGUCCAGAAGUAGUGUGAUUUCGGGAGCUUUGGCUGAAGACCUUUUUAGCUCUGGAUGUUCGCCACUAGGGGGUAGUAUUCAUCUUGCUCAUUUCAAAAUCUGUCAAAAUAAUCCUUGGGUGCUCUUGGCUGCUCUUGGCUGCUUUCCACUGCACAGUUGUCAGGGCAAUGGCGUCGUUUUUUCUUAUUACGCACUCGGAUUGUCCGUUCAUUUAGGUCACGGCAGGUUAGCUAGAAGACCACUAAGGAAUGCUGGUACUUGUUAUUAGAUUACGUUUUCGGUAUUGUGAUGUUUUUAGAUUUUUUAGAGAUUGCAAGCUAGCUGGCCUUGUUAGGUUAGUGUUGCAAACCAGUUUAGCCAUGUAAUAUGUUGGCCAGCGCGAGUAAGCAAGCUUGUGCAAUAUUUAGCUACUUGGAAGCUAGCCAGUCAAAUAGAUAACUAACGUUACCUUAAAGAAAUUACGAUGUAGCUAGCAAACGCUAAGUAAUGUUAAACGUUAAGUUAUGGUGUACGAACCAAAACCACAGUUACUGCAAUGAAUGUUUUGUCCUAUGAAGUGAAAUGUUUUGCCAGUUAGCAAACGAUCUAACGCUUCGAGGCUAACACAACGCCAAAUAUGACAACAAUCUUAUGUUGCAACCUAACUAGCUGACUAGUUAUCUGCAAAAAAUGACAACAUACCACUGACUGAGCGUGGAGGCCAACUAGCUAGUUUGCUCGAUAGCAAGCUAUUCUUGGCCAAUUCGCAUAUUCUUGGCAUCUAGCUGGCUAACGGAGCAAGUGAGCAUAAGUGGAUAAAAAAUAAAGAAGUUGGUGUAUACAUUUUUACGUGAAUAUGAUGGAAUCUCAGGGCUUAUCGACCACUUAUGCGUCUCCGACUCUACCGCCACUUCCCCGUCAAGAUCGGGUUCUGCUGCACAAAAGCAGUGUCUGUUCUCGCACCUAUUUUGUGGUGGUGAUGGUCUUUUUUCACGUUUACAUCAUAAACGUCAUUGCCUUGCUUCUCUACGUGUACUAUAACAAUGGCCCUGGAGAACUGAGUACCUCCGGUGGGGACCCCAUGAUAAACAGCGAAAGCAGCGCUCACCAGCCUCUUCCUGACCCAUAUAAGUCUCCAGAUCUGGGGCCCCCAGUAAAGAUCCACCUUCCACGUUUUGAAGGGAUUCGGGUAGGACACAUUCAGAAAAUCUCUCUGGUGCCCAACAGAGUUCAUGAGAUGCGGACCUUGAGCCUGAAGCCAUUGCUUUUUGAGAUCCCAGAUUUCCUGUCGGAGGAGGAGUGCCGUGUGGUGGUGCAGCUCGCCCAGCUGAAGGGCCUCACAGAGAGCCAGAACACAGCGUCCGAGGCCCGGGAGGAGGAGCUGGAGCAGCUGGAGCAGCUGGACCUCAGUCCGGAGGAAAUCUUUAACCUGCUGGACCUCAACCAGGACGGGCAACUCCAGCUUCAGGAGAUUGUGAGCCACUCACACGCUCAGGGCGGAAUGUGGCUGGCCCCAGAGGGCCUGCAGGAGAUCUUUGCCGGACGCAAGGCCAACCCAGGCCAUAAUGGCCUGUUGAGCCUGGAGGAGUUCAGGCGCCUGAGCACCGAGGACGCGUGGCGCUUCCCGGCGCGGCUCAGCGUGAAGCGGCUCCAGGCGGUGCAGAGCCGGAGACACACCUGGCUGUACCAGGGCGAGGGGGCUCACCGCGUCCUGCAGGCCCUCAGGAGCAGGGUGACCCAUCUGACUCAGCUGCCCCCCCUGCUGGUGGACCUGAGCGAACCUUUGCAGGUGGUACGCUACGACCAAGGGGGUCACCACCAUGCCCACCACGACAGUGGGCCAAUCCACCCUGAGACUGCCUGCUCCCACACCCGCCUGGCGGUCAACACCUCCACCCGCUAUGAGACGCCCUGUCGGUACAUCACAGUUGUGUUCUAUCUGAACUCUGUGGAGAGCGGUGGGGAAACCACAUUCCCUGUGGCUGACAACAGGACUUAUGAGGAGAAGGCUCUGAUCCAGAAUGGCGUCAGUCUUCUCGACACGCAGAAGAGCUGUGACAAGGGGAACCUGAGAGUGAAGCCCACGCAGGGAACCGCCAUCUUCUGGUACAACCAUCUUUCUGACGGCAAAGGCUGGGUGGGUGAAUUGGAUGAGUACUCCCUGCACGGCGACUGCGUACUCGCCCACGGAACCAAGUGGGUCGCAAACAACUGGAUCAACAUCGACCCCGACUACCAGCGCCAGGCUCGCUACCAGAAGCUGGUGGCCCCCCAGCAGGACGAUGAGAGAGACAGCACUGAAGGUAACCCUGAACAGCACAGUGAUCUCCAUCAGGACCUAUAGUCCACAGCCACCCUUACACACAAAGACUCACAUUCCCCACUGUACCAAGGCAUUCCCCAUCCCUGUGUUUCAGGCCUGCUCUUCUGGAGGAUCAGUUUAUCCAAGUUUGCACAACACAAAAUAUUAAUAAAGUGAAUAUGCCAUAGCUGAUCCAGGGUCAGCCCUGGGCACACAGUUGAACUGCAUCCACUGCCAUCCUGUCAGUAACCUGUAGACUACUCAUUCAACCCCCACACCCUAAAGGUGAAUGUACUCUCAAAGCAAAUGCCCAAUGAUGUCACAUCCAAAUGUUCGGGGCUAGCGAGGGCUCAACAUGCAUUUUAAAUGUUCCGUCCAGGUUACAUGACAUAGCAUUUGCAAUUAUGUGUUCCACUGGAUGGCCGUUGUUAAAAUCUGUCCUGACCUUUCUUAGGAAGAACCCCUUGUCCAUAAGCAACAACAAAAGAAGUCUGCAAGCAUUAUUUAUGGUUAGCUAGAAGAGAGCAAAUGGGAUUAUUUAAAGCUAGGAAGCGAUCAAGAUCAUUAGCUGAACUACAGCUUUUUUUUUUUAUUAUUAUUUAGAGAAGUUCCUCUCUUUCAUUUGCAGUAGUAUUGAAUAAACAUAGUUUAUUCUACAUAUUUUCAUCCAGGUUGCUAAUAGUGCUUCACAACAAGGAGAAAAUAAAAAGAUAAUUGUAGGCAUGAAAUCAAAUAAUACUUUUAAUGCUGGUUUCAUACAGAACUGUUUUAACGGUUAGAUUUCUAUUUGGGUUAAUUGUUGAACAAAUCCCCGUACCCCUGCCCUCUAGUGGCACAAGAUGAAUAACCUGCACGGACCACUCAUGGGCACUUUCUUAUCACAUACUGCAAACAGUGCAGCUGAAGUGCUGCCCCUACCCAUGCCAUGAGAUGGUUUACAUCAGUAGGCCGGUUUGUCAGGUACACAUAUGGAGUAUAAAUCCACCUUAAUGGCUGGAUUUAUCCUUAAGUCGUGGUUCCUCUGCCUCUGGGUUUCUGCUUGCAGUGGUCUUGGCACCAUUGUCGUACAGUCGCCCACUACAGCUAAGGCCACCCGACCCUCCACAGUCCACAGGGUUCCACUGUUGUAUGGCUGGACAGACUCAGGAGCAGUACAAGAACACACGGCUUCGAGUUAAACUGCGUGAUAACUCAAGGCUCGUUAGGCUUCAGUUUUUCAUAGCUGAUAAGAAAUUGGACUUGUUGGCUGAAGGUUGCAGGUUUGAUUCCCAGUUUUGGAAGAUUUCAGUAAAUCUAUUGACAAAUAAGUGUCAAGCUGUAUGAAUGCAGCUAUGUUCCAGAUGACCUAUGGGUGUCAUCCUAGUGAAAAUAAUGACAGAAGUUUGACAUAAAAAUGGGGGAGGGAGAGGUGGAGGGACAAUGGAGGCUUUACUUUUCAUGAGUAGCCAUUGAUAAAACUUUCUAGCAAGAACGGUUGGUAGCAGAGCAAGGUCCAUUUAGGUUUUGAAAUUAUGAAAUUAUGGAUUGAGUUAUUAAAAACCCAAUAAUACUCUUUUGAUGUUAUAUAAAGGUUACCUAAGAUAUCGCCAGUCUGUUUUUAAAUAUAUUUUCUGUAGUUUUGGCUGUGUUGCCAUUUUGUUCAUAGGAGAUAUUAAGGCAGAUGUCCUUGCCCUAUUGUAUGGCAGAUGCCCACUGAAAUUUAGAAAAAGGCUAUAGAUGGCACACAAACAGCUUUUGGGAACAUUCUCAUGCUUUAAGAGAUUUCAAUCACUCAGAAGUUUGUCUAUGUAGAUUGGUUGGCACUACAAGAAUAGCUCUGUGAAUCGCUCUACAGAAAGUAAACUCUUGCAUGGCUACUUGCUGCCUACUUGUAGUCAUGUAGUCACUCACAUUAACCAGGAUCAGAAAAAGGAACACUGCUUUAGUUGAUUAACAAAUGAAUUUGGUUGAUUAAUUUUGUUGGCUGUUCCCUACCUAUUGCUGGAGGAAAUUAUAUGGUCAUUAAAAUCAGCCAGGAUCAGAAUUAAUACUGUGGCUGAUUAAAUUCACGUGUGCUCCAAACUUGACUUUAUUAUUCUAUCCGUUCAAUAUAUUUGGCACAUUCCUCAUAAUAUUUAUUUCUCACAACUAUUUUUAAUGUCCAUUGAGCAACUAAUUUUAUGACCUAAGAGACAAGGUCCAUCUGUUAUGGCCUCCAAGUGCUUUUUUUGCUAUUUCAAAACUGCCCAUAGCAUUCACUAAUUUAUCUCACGUUUUGUACAGUUAUCAUGGAUUGUUUAUAAAUAGUAUGUAGUGUACUUUAUUUAUUUAUUUAUUUAUUUUAUUUUUAUUCUGCUCCCUGUCCAUUCGCUCGUUCAUUUCGCAGUUGCCAUUUUUCACACUGGACAUACUCUUGGAGUUUACUCAGUCAUCUGCCAUAUGGGCUGUGCUGCCUGCCAUGUCUAGUUUAAUUUAUGGCUUUUUCAGUCUCAGGGUUCAGUUUACUUUUAAAUCAGUUUAAUAAAAGGUGAUAUACGAUAAUGUUUGUGUGGUUUGAUAUAAAGGGUGUUUUGAUGUUUUGUCUUUGUGUCAAAAAUUGCUUGUUCACCUCCAUGUUUCAGACCUCUGGCAAUCAGUUAGACACUCACUGUGUUAAGUGUUUAAUUUGCGAUGACUGUACUGUUCAAAAACUGCAAUUGUUAUUUAUCUCUUAAUUUAUUUGUACGUUGUUGCUUUAAAUAUGUAUUUCUGAUGCUGUAACAUGGAUACAUAAGCUGGGUGCAAUCCAGAUGUAAUGUAUGUGAUUGCUUUUGGAAAUGCACUGAAUCACUUUUGACUAAUGAAGAUAUUAAAACAUAAAUUAAGGAAAUCACAGUGAAUAAAUUAUUUAACAAUUGUUUAUGCAUCUUUCUUUUAAUCAAAGGGUUUCUGUUAUGAUGGUUAAUUCAAACUUGCAAAUUAGUUAAGGGAUCUAUUCACAUUCGCUCAAACUUAUGAAAAUUCUAAAUCUCACAAAAAUUCUGAAUCUACAUAGAUAGAUUUUUUUUUUUUUUUUCCAGUUUCUCAUGUUCUGUCCUCUACAGAUACAGUAGCCAGAGCUUUACAAAUGAUGCAGACCAACUGAUUGGUAACAAAAACUAUCAAAAUGAUGGAUCCUCACACAAAAUAGGCCUACAUUUAAAAAAAAAGACUUGUGUUAAUUUACUUAUUGUCCUGAUAUUGCUUUGAGCGGAAUGAAGUUCUAUUGGUGUUUGUAGCCCUCUUGUGGACAUCUUGUGAAUGCACUUUGGAAAUAAACAUGUAAGCAUCUG